ACUUGAGAAAGGAGAGAAACGGUAAAAGAAAAACAAGAAUGGAAGUGACACAAGUACUGCACAUGAACGGAGGCACCGGAGAAACAAGCUAUGCAAACAACUCCUUACUUCAGCAAAAGGCGAUUGCUUUGACAGAGGGUAUGAGAGAAGAAGCCAUAAGCAGCCUCUACCGCAGCAUGGUGCCGAGACACCUAGCAAUUGCGGACUUGGGAUGUUCUUGUGGGCCAAACACACUCUUUGUGAUAUCUGAAGUUAUAAAAUCGGUGGAAAAGCUUUGUGUAGAACUGAAUCAUAAGUCUCCCGAAUACCAGUUCUUCAUGAAUGAUCUCCCCGGGAACGAUUUUAACAGCAUCUUCAAGUCCCUUGAUAGCUUCAAACAGAAACUGAGUAAUGAAAUACACGCUUGGACUGGUUCGUGCUUUUUCAAUGGGGUUCCCGGUUCUUUUUAUGGUAGAAUCUUUCCCAGCAAAAGUUUGCAUUUUGUCCAUUCCUCCUACAGCCUUCAAUGGCUAUCCAAGGUUCCUGGAGGCGUAGAGAGCAAUAAGGGGAAUAUUUACAUGGCUAGCUCAAGUCCCAUCAACGUUCUUAGGGCUUAUUACGAGCAAUUUCAAAGAGAUUUCUCGCUGUUUCUCAAGUGUCGUGCAGAAGAAAUCGUUAAAGGAGGUCGUAUGGUUCUCACAAUCUUGGGAAGAAGAAGCGAUGAUCCAUCUAGCAGAGAGUGUUGCUAUAUAUGGGAACUUUUGGCCAUGGCUCUUAAUGAUAUGUUCUGCAAGGGAAUUAUAAAAGAAGAGCAAAUAGACAGUUUCAACAUCCCUCAGUACACACCAUCCCCAUCUGAAGUGGAAAUGGAGGUUAAAAAAGAAGGUUCAUUCAGCAUUACAGCUUUGGAGGUAUUUGAAGUACCUUGGAAUGGCUGCGAUAACUGGAAUGUUUUUGAUUCAGAACUGCCUAAUGUUAGUUACGACGUUACAAAGUGCAUGAGGGCCGUAGCAGAACCUUUACUGGUCAGUCACUUUGGAAAAGCUAUCAUUGAAGAUGUUUUUGGCAGGUAUCAAGAAAUCUUAAUUGAACGAAUGGCUAAGGAGAAGACCGGAUUUGUUAAUAUCAGCAUAUCGAUGAUUAAAACAACUUGAGUAAGAAGUUGCUCAGUGUUUACCCUGCAGCAUAUAUAUUUGUGGUUUCUCAAUAAAACAAACACCGAAAAACUCUCUUCAUCACUCUUGUUGUGCGUUUACCCCUGCUGUAACUAGUUUGUUGUGUGUUUACCCUAGUAUUUAUUUAACUAGGAAGUUGUAUCUUAAACUAAUUGUGCUUAUUAUGUUGAA